AUGUGUCUGGCUUGUCACUCUCUCAGCUCUCAAUACAAUCAACUAUCUUCGCGUAGAGCCAGAGCUCGCGGAGUCUCUUCCUUGGAGCGAACCAGUGAAAACGCCAUAGACUUCGACUAUCUCACUUCCAACCUACCGUACUCCGCGAAUGACAUUCGAUCAAUAUCCACAUUGACUCCCCUACCCAAUAAACCCCUGCUUACCGUAUCUGAUGGUGGAAAACUGACAUGCAACUUUGAUGAUGAGAUGGAGUACUGUAGUUGGCAUAACACAGAGACCACUGAGAUGAAAUUCUGGAAAGGAAAACUGGAUCCUGAGUCUGCGAGCAACUUUGAUUCUCAUCGCUUCAAUUCUGGUAGCACUCUGAGUUUUUCUACGGAAAACAAUUUUCUGUUAGCCGGUGGUGAACCAAUGGUAACUUCGCAAACGGCUGCUAUCGAAAUGGAAAUCCCUUGUCAGUAUGGGGAUGCAGAUGUCAAGUUUGAUUUCUGGACGAACACUCUUAAUGUAGAAGUACGUUAUUGCAUUGCCAAAUCCGGAACAGAUUUCUCCACUUGUCAAAUCCUCCAACGCGUCUCCAAUCCUUUGAAUUUCUCUGUUCCAACUACAGCAGACGGAUCGAAAGUUCGUAUUGAAGUCACUAAUAUUGAUCAAGAUUCCAUUGCACUUAUCGAUAAUCUGCAUUAUAACGGUCAGAUCUGUGAGCUCAUUGAUGAAGCUGUGGAGCAUUCAUUGAUUCCAUUCGGAGGAGAGUCAUCUUCUCUACCAUCAUUGAUCACUGGAGAGCCAUCUCCCGUUACCGAUCUAACUGUCCAAAAGUUCUUUGAAGAAGACGCUAACACUGUUGAAGAGACAGAGACUCCGUCUAUUUUAGGAAUUCGGAAAAUGACUUCAACAGCUGACCCAAUUCUCAGUUCCUCGUCUCAAGUGAAUGUAAAAGAACUCUCAUAUUGUUCUGCAUUGACUUGCUCAUUCAAUGAUGGAGAUUCGUGUUUCUAUGGACUCAGUGGUGUAGGAAGCACAUCCGCAUGGAAUCUGAGCGAUCGUCUUAUUGGAAACAGACACACAGGAAUUCAGAGAGUCAAUCUUGAUGAUCAAUCCAAAGUAGGGUUCGCUUACGUUGGAAGCGAUUUCAAAUCCGAAGCAGGAAACAUCUUCGUUGCUGAAUCCCCCAAAUUCUCUCUAACUCAAGAAAUACUUUUGAUAUUUGAUGUCUAUAUUCGCUCAAUCACUCCGAAGCUCAAGGUUUGCAUUGACAACUUUGACAACUGUCCCUACAACUCACCUCUUCUUAAAAAAGACAAGUUCUGGAGAGGACAACAAAGAGUAACAUUAAAAGAAGGUUCUAGAAAAGUGUUCUUUGUUGCUGAAAAUGACGAGAUGUUCAGUCAAAAUCCAUAUGAAUCACAUGUCGAUAUUGCUGUUUCCGCGGCUUCAGCUAAUCUCAGAAAUAUGACAAAUGAACAACUCAUGGCUCUUCUUGACGACGAAACUUUAUUAGAGUCGAUAAUUGUAAACCUUCCUCAAGUACGAUCAAUGCCAACCGAUAAAGAAUCCGCUCUCGCUGCGAACAAGUCGUUAGCAGAAUGGAAUCUAGCUCAAAAGCCGAGAAUAGACGCAACAAAAGCACAAACAAUCGAUCUCUACGAGAAAGUGAAGAAGCUUCAAGGAGAAGUGACGGUGCUAAAAAGUCAAUUAGAUUCAAUUUCGUCGUCCAAAUCGUUGGAUACAACAUCGAGUUUGAUGCAAGUAGCAGCACAAGAAGCUGACGAUGAUGCAGAAGCGUUGUACACGCAAUUCGAGAACGGCGAGAUCUCCAUUGACAUUUUCCUGAAACAAUUCAAAGAGAAGAAAGCAGUCGCUCAUCUCCGGAAGAUAAAAUCAGAUCGUUUGGCUGCUCUUCUUCGUGAACAAACCUAUUCUUAUGCUCAGCCAACUGUUGCCCCGCCAAUGCCACAGCCCGGAUAUCCAACCGGAAACCAUAUGCCAGGAAUGGGACAAAUUCCAUUCGGAUCCGGAUACACUGGAUAUCCAAAUGUUUCUCAACCAUCUGCUGGUCGCCAUCCAUUUUUCUAA